AUGGUAAAUCGUCUGAACCUGUCCUUGCAGGCGGUCUCCGAUUGGGGUGACGCCAAUCUGGUCAGGUUCAAUGCCAGCAAAACCCAGGCGUGUCUGUUUUCCGCUAAACGGAGUCGGUUCCCACUGACUCCUACUUUCCGAGGUGUGUCCGUUCCGAUGGGUGACCGUCUCGAGCUUCUCGGCGUAACUCUGAUGCCCAUUCUCAAUUUUGGCUCGUAUAUCGAGACAAAGGCGCAACUGGCUGGUAGAAAGUUAGGUGUCCUGUCGAGGGUGAGACGGUACUUCACGCCGGAGCAGUUGCUCACUCUUUACCAAAUACAAGUUCGGUCGUGUAUGGAGUACUGCUCCCAUCUUUGGGAUGGCUCGGCGAAAUACCAGUUAGAAGCCCUCGAAUCCAUCGAGAGGCGUGCCAAGAAGCUGAAUGACGAAGAUCAAUGA